GAUUUCCAGGACACCUAGGAUUGUUACACAGAGAAACUCUAUCUGGAAACAGCAAAACAAAAAAGAAGAAAAAAAGAUGACCUUGAGAUGGGAGGCCUUUGCCUUCAUAGUCUUCUUUGUCUAUCUGCAGGCCUGUCUGUUGGACUACAUGUUGAUAUGUGCCUAUAUGCUAGACUACAUGUUGAUAUGUGCCUGUGUGCUAGACUACAUGUUGAUUUGUGCCUGUGUGUUAGACUACAUGUUAAUGUGUGCCCAUGUGCUAGCCUACAUGUUGAUGUGUGCCCAUGUGCUAGCCUACAUGUUGAUGUGUGCCCAUGUGCUAGCCUACAUGUUGAUAUGUGCCUGGGUGUUUGUUAGUGUCUGUCUGCUUCACAGCCUGUGUGCUGCUGAAUAAAGUAUGUCUUAUCCACCUAUGGUUCCUCAUGUUCUCUUCAAUAUCUCAGCCUCCUAUGUCCCGACUCUUUUCCUGGUAUUUGAGCUUAGACCUCGACCGUCUCAGCCCUGGACAUGAAUCCUCAAAAUCUGAGCUGGGGGUGCUGAAUUGUAAACUCCUCAGCAAGGAGCUCUACUCAUCCCCAGUACAGACUAGGAGUUUAUGAACGUCAAGUCCCCUUCCUCUUUUCUUCCUCCCUCCCUUCCUUUCUUUCUUCCUUCUUUCAGCUUUCUCUCAUUCUCCUCUGUCUUCUUCCUCCACUCCCCUCCUCUAUCUCUUUCUCCACCCCUUCCUUUCUUGCUUCUUUGCCUGACACCACACCAAUAAAUGGGUGUGAAUAAAAACAGAUGUUGGGCCUGAAUGUGCCAUCUUGAACCUGCAAUUAGGAUGUAUCCUCUAAGGUGUGGUAAAGAACUAAUUGGUUGAUGUGUGUAGAAUGCCAGGACAUUCUUGAAUAAAUCCCUAUAUGAGUUCAAAGUAUUUGUAAUUAUUAUUAUUAUUACUGUAAUUUAUGAGAUUUAGCUGUAAAUCUCAUAAUAAGGUGAGGUCAACACUUUUAAAAAGAGGAAGCAAGAUGAGACCCUAUAUAAAGUGCCGUGUCCUCACUGAUUCCAAGAAGAAGAGCUGACUGAAGACAGUAUUUCAGGUGCCUUAGAACCACCUACUCAACAUGUCUCCACUGUGGCCGCUUCUGGGCCUUCUGGCCUUGACGGUUUCCUCUGAAAGCAGCAAUUGGGGAUGCUAUGGAAACAUCCGUACCCUGAACACCCCAGGAGCAUCUUGCGUGAUUGGAAGACGCCAUGGCCUGCCUUACUGUGGAGUCCGUGCCUCUGAAAGGCUGGCUGAAAUAGACAGGCCAUAUCUUCUGAGAUAUCAACCCACGAUGAGAAUUGUUGGCCGGAAAUACUGUAUGGAUCCUGCAGUGAUCGCUGGUGUCUUGUCAAGGGAGUCUCAGGGUGGCAAUUUUGUGGUCGACAUGGACAAUGUGGGCAAUGGAAUUGGGGUGAUACAGGACCCAAACUUUUACCCUCCCACAUCCUGGAAGAGUGAUUCCUGGGUUUCCCAGAAAACUGAGAUUCUGACAUCUAAAAUCAAAGAAAUACAGACUAGGUUUCCAACCUGGACCCCCGACCAGUACCUGAGAGGUGGUCUCUGUGCCUACAGUAUGGGUCCUAGCUUUGUCCGAAGCAACCAGGAUCUGAACUGUGACUUCUGCAAUGACGUCCUUGCACGAGCCAAAUACUUCAAGAACCACGGCUUCUAGCACCUCAGAUGAAACUCAAGUUCAUUAUCGCACAGGAGGCUCACCUAUUCCUCUGAUUUGGCUAGCGGGUGGAGACUGCAACCUCGAAUCUGAGUUGGAUCUGAAAGCUGUCAAAAUAUCAUGAAUUAUAUUAAAGGAAAAGUCACUAUCUCCACUA